AUGGAAUAUGACGAAAUAUGCGCAAAUACGGGGGAAUUGGUUACGAUUGUUUGUGAGAAAAAACACCAUUUUGACUUGAUCCAGCUCGGUCGUAAAUCUGAAUCGGAACACGACUGCCUUGUUUCAGUCAUUUUUUUGUUUCAUGCCAUGGGAGUGAAUGUUUUUCAAAUUUGGAUACGGAAUGAGUCAAGCGAAGGGCCUUUGCGGAACUUUUUUUCCAUGCGAUUAACUGGUUCCUGUAGAAAAAAACUUAUUCAAUCGAGACCACAGUUAUCAAUUAUCUUAAAGUUGCAUAUUUCAACUGAAACUAAUACACAAAUAACAUGGUUUAUCGAUGAUAAGGAAUUGCUGAAUGGUAACAGAUAUCGAAUCUAUUAUGAAGGAUCGUUACAUAAAUUGGAAAUUUUCGACUGUGAAUUGGAAGACCAUGGUGAAAUAAGGUGUAAAGGUGUUAAUACGAAAUAUGGUACAAUGACGGUCUCAAUGGAACUCAAAAUUUCUGAAGACGACAUUGCUGGAGAAGAACCAUUCUUUACACAACAGUUAACUUAUGAAGAAUUAGAGGAAUGUGUAACAUUAUAUUGCACUGCGGAUGGUUAUCCUAUUCCAUAUGUAACAUUCCACAGGCUAGGUCGUCCUCUGCCUACUAAUCGCCGGUUUCUUGUACAAAGAAACGAAAAUACGUGGAUUUUUCAAAUAAAUAAUUGUACUGUGGACGAUGAAGGUAUCUACCAGGCAAUUGCUAAAAAUCGAAUGGGUAUGUGCACAUCGCGUUGCAUGAUUCUCAUACAGAAUAAGGAUCCAACAACGUAUAUUGCUGAUAAGUAA